AACCGGAAGUGGCUUCGUGGACUCCUUCCUUUUUUUCCCCGGAAGUGAUUCAGCUUUCUUUCGCGUCUCCGAGAUGGACGUCGGAGAGAGGCAGGAGCCGUCGUAACUUUCGGGAAUGACGUGUUGUAUUCCAGACUGAUGGCGUCGGGCACAGCGAGCCGCUCUGAAGACGAAGAGUCUCUGGCAGGGCAAAAAAGGAGUUCCUCACAAGUGUCGGGUGCCAUUCCAAAACGGCGCAGCUCUUCCAGGUUCAUCAAGCGGAAGAAGUUUGAUGAUGAACUGGUAGAGAGCAGCCUUGCCAAAUCAUCCAGCCGCGCUAAGGGCCCCAGUGGGGUGGAGCCAGGGCGCUGCUCUGGCAGUGAACCCUCUUCCAGUGAGAAGAAGAAGGUGUCCAAAUCUGUCUCUGCACCUGUCACUCCAAGCCCAGCUCCAAACCCCAGCCUCACCAAGCGGAUGAAGAAGAGCAAGCAGCCCUUGCAGGUCAACAAGGAUUUGGGCCGCUGGAAACCCACUGAUGAUUUGUUGCUGAUCAACGCUGUGCUUCAGACCAAUGACUUGACCUCUGUGCACCUGGGAGUGAAGUUCAGCUGCCGUUUUAAUCUGCGGGAGAUCCAGGAGAGGUGGUACGCUCUGCUCUAUGACCCCGUGAUUUCCAAGCUGUCUUGCCAGGCCAUGCGACAGCUGCAUCCGGAAGCCAUAGCCUCUAUGCAGAGUAAAGUGCUUUUCAGCAAAGCAGAGGAGCAGCUACUAAGCAAAGUGGGAUCGACCAGCCAACCCACCCUGGACACCUUCCAGGACCUCCUGCACAAGCACCCCGAGGUUUUCUACCCUUCCCGCACUGCCAAGGUCCUACAGACGCAUUGGCAACUCAUGAAGCAGUACUACCUCUUGGAUGAUCAAACAGUGCAGCCACUGCCCAAAGGAGACCAGGUGCUCAACUUCUCCGAUGCCGAAGACAUGAUAGAUGACAGCAAACUAAAGGAUGUCCGAGACGAGGUGUUGGAGCAUGAACUGACAGUGGCAGACCGGAGACAGAAGCGUGAAAUCCGGCAACUGGAGCAAGAGCUCCACAAGUGGCAGGUGCUGGUGGACAGCAUAACAGGAAUGAGUUCUCCUGAUUUUGAUAACCAAACAUUGGCUGUGCUGCGUGGAAGAAUGGUGCGUUAUCUCAUGCGCUCCCGGGAGAUCACACUUGGCAGAGCCACCAAAGACAAUCAGAUUGAUGUGGACCUAGCGCUUGAGGGGCCAGCCUGGAAAAUAUCCCGCAAGCAAGGUGUCAUCAAACUGAAGAACAAUGGCGACUUUUUCCUGGCAAAUGAAGGCCGGCGGCCCAUUUAUGUGGAUGGGCGCCCAGUGCUUUGUGGCAGCAAAUGGAAGCUCAGCAACAACUCUGUGGUGGAGAUCGCAAGCUUGCGCUUUGUCUUCCUCAUCAACCAAGACCUGAUUGCGCUUAUUAAGGCAGAGGCUGCCAAAAUUGCCCAGCCCUGAGGCUUGGAUCAAACCCAAGGCUCCACUGGACCUGUGUGUGGCUGCCGACCCCCUGCCCCGGACUCCUUUUGCCAGCAGGGACCACCAUGCUUAAUGAUGAAGAUGCAGCUAUAUAAAGCCUGCCCUCCCUUAGGCUAGGACUGAAACUUCUUGGGGGCCUUUUCCUUUGCGGCUGAGGAGGAGGACGAGCUCUGCUUCAUCAGUCAGCGGAUCUCUCUGUAAAAGAAAGGUAUGAGCCAGGCCUUAAACCAGCACCUUGUUUGGGUGUUCUUGGCAGUGUGGGGCAUUUGCUGGCGAGGGUUGUGCGGCUGUUGCGCUGGAUACUCUUUGGGACGGAGUGACGAAAACCACCGUGGAGGAUUAAGGGCCAGGGAGUAAGUGUCAAACGAGCUAAUAAAUAGUUGCAAAUCUCACUA